GACCACGGAGCUAUGCGAUCACGAUGUCGACACCACCUCGUCAACGCUCUCGAGCGAACACAGCAGACUUCUCUUCUCCGCCUGCGCCCACAUUCCCUGAAGUGGCAGCGAUGCUACGCGACCGCGAACGAUCAUCGAUCAGACAAUGCGUCGUCGUCGUCGCUCGCCAUAGCCUCCGAUGCGCGACACAAUGAGAUUGGCGUGCAGCAAGUCAGCGCAUACGUGCAUCCGCAACUCUUCCCACCCCGGACCAAUAGCUCUACGAAGCCCGAUGCCGAAUUGAUCGCAUUGUCAAAAGACCAUCUGCAACGCCAUGACUUGCUCGGAAAGACCAGCGAUAGUACGCCUCCGAUCGGGUUCGAUCUACCGGACUUACAGGGAACCUCUCUGGACGAGCACUUUUACCGAUUGGGUAUGGACAGUGCAGAGCCUUAUUUGAGUCUAUCGAAGAAGUACGCACGCGCAUCGCCUCCUUCGAAGCCACGAAAAUGGGUGCGAAGAAGUGGUUGGACAAAGUACUAUGAGGAUGGACGUUCAGAGGCUGUGCCAUUCCCAGAAGAGAAGGUCUUGACAUUCGAUACAGAGGUAAUGUGGCACGAGACGAGCUUUCCAGCUAUGGCAUGUGCAGUCUCUGCGACACACUGGUAUGGAUGGCUAUCGCCGUGGCUGCUAGGAGAAAGUGAGAACGAUCGGCACUUGAUCCCACUCGGCAAUGCUCAAAACCCACGGAUCGUCGUCGGUCACAAUAUUGGUUAUGAUCGAGCGAGGAUAGCAGAGGAAUACAGCAUGGAUCAGUCGAAGAAUUUCUUCAUGGAUACUAUGAGUCUGCACAUCGCCACCAAUGGAAUGUGCAGUAGGCAGCGACCUACAUGGAUGAAGCAUCGCAAGCAGCGGGAUAUGGAGGACAAGAUCGCCGCUGCAGAUGAGAGUGCGGACUUGGCUGAUUUGCUUGGAAAUCAUGCUGAGUAUAAUGAGGAGGAGGAGUUGUGGGUUGGACGAUCGUCUGUCAACAGUCUGCGGGAUGUGGCCAAAUUUCACUGUGGUAUUACUAUAGACAAGGCGAGAAGAGAGUGGUUUGGCGAGCUGGAUCGAGACGGCGUCAUGGAACGACUGGAUGAGUUGCUGGACUACUGUGCUGCCGAUGUGGACAUCACUCACAAAGUCUACAAGAAAGUCUUUCCACUAUUCAUGGAAACGUGCCCGCAUCCAGUUUCUUUCGCUGCGCUGCGGCAUCUCUCCUCGGAGAUACUGCCAAUUGACAAGGGUUGGGAGGUGUACAUCCGCAAUGCAGAGGCCACCUACCAGAAGCUGUCGACCGGCGUGCAGGAACGUUUGAUCGAUCUGGCGGAAAAGGCGCUGGAGCACAAGGCCGACCCGGAAAUAUACGAGAACGAUCCAUGGCUUUGUCAGCUGGACUGGACCGGGCAAGAAGUCCGAAUGGUGAAGGGGAAGAAAAAGGGCGAUCCUCCAAGGCCAGCAGCGAGGCAGAAGAAGCCUGGCAUGCCAAAGUGGUACAAGGAACUGUUUGCCAAUAAUGAUGCCGACAUUGCCUUGACUGUUCGAACGCGGAUCGCGCCGAUCCUGCUGCGAAUGGCGUGGGACAACAAUCCUCUAGUCUGGUCGGACAAGUUCGGCUGGACCUUCAAGGUCGACCAUUCGAAGGCUCAAAAGUACCGCGAUCAGUCGAUGACUCAGUGCGAUAUGCUUCAAGAAGAAAACUUUGCGCUUCGAGAUGAUCUGGAUAACACGUACUUCAAGCUUCCUCACAAGGACGGUCCUGAGGUGAGGUGCACAUCGCCGCUUGCCAAAGGAUAUUUGCAGUUCUUCGAAAAUGGUCUGUUGUACUCGGAGUAUGCAUACGCCAGAGAGGCAUUGGAGAUGAACGCAUCAUGUGCGUACUGGGUCGCCGCGAGGGAUCGGAUUCGAUCGCAGAUGGUGGUCUAUGCCAACGAAGAAUCUGAUGGAGUACCCAACGACGAGCAGAAGCUGGGCUACAUUCUGCCGCAGGUCAUCCCAAUGGGCACGAUAACACGACGUGCUGUCGAGAACACAUGGCUCACGGCGGCCAACGCGAAGAAGAAUCGAGUAGGAUCUGAGCUGAAGAGUAUGAUUACUGCACCUCCCGGCUACAGCUUUGUCGGCGCAGAUGUGGACAGUCAAGAGCUUUGGAUUGCCUCCCUCGUUGGAGACGCCAGCUUCAAGCUGCACGGCGGAAAUGCCAUUGGAUUCAUGACGCUCGAAGGCACGAAAGCAGCGGGCACCGACUUGCACUCUCGAACCGCCAAGAUUCUCGGAAUCUCGCGCAACGAUGCCAAGGUGUUCAACUACGGGAGAAUCUACGGCGCCGGUCUCAAGUUCGCCCAAUCCCUCCUCCGCCAAUUCAACCCGACCUUGAAAGAAGCCGAUGCCAAAUCCAUCGCCACAACCCUUUACCAGGAAACCAAAGGUACCAAGUCCCGUGGCAAGAUCCUUCGCGAUCGACAAUUCCUCCGCGGCGGCACCGAAAGCCUGGUCUUCAAUAAGCUUGAAGACUUCGCUGAACAAGAACGUCCUCGCACGCCUGUGCUCGGCGCCGCCAUCACCGAAGCUUUGAUGCGUAGGUACAUCAGCAAAGGCGGUUUCAUGACCUCCCGAAUCAACUGGGCCAUUCAGUCCUCUGGCGUCGACUACCUUCACCUCCUGAUCGUGAGCAUGGAAUACCUCACCCGCCGCUACAACAUCCACGCCCGUCUGGCUCUGACCGUCCACGAUGAAAUUCGCUACCUCUCCAAAGACGAAGACAAAUACCGCUGUGCGAUGGCUCUACAAGUCGCCAACGUCUGGACACGAGCCAUGUUCAGCCAACAAAUGGGCAUCGAUGACCUACCACAAUCCUGCGCGUAUUUCUCCGCGGUGGACAUCGACCACGUGCUCCGAAAGGAAGUCGACAUGGAUUGCGUGACGCCGUCUCAUCCUACCGCCAUCCCACCCGGCGAGUCGAUCGACAUCAUCCAACUACUUGCCAAAGGGGACGCCGCGUCCCUCGAUCCGGCGGUCAAACCGUCGGACCCACCUCAACCAGAACGCUUCGAAUACAUCCAUCGUGUACCCGUGAUGGAAGGUCUGCAGACUCCCAACGCAAUGCCGUAUCUCCGCGCUCAGAUCGCGUCCACGCCUUCUGAACUGGCUCAAAUCCUCAAAGACCUCAAGCCUUUAUCGUCUGUCACACGAACAGCAGCGGCGUUCGAUACGGCGCCCAAGGCCGCUCGUGGGCGUAAGCCAAAGGCGAAGACGACUUCUUCUUCGAUGGGGUCUUAUGUGCGAUCGCCGCGUGCGAGGCUGCCUGAUUCUUCUGCCACGAGUUCCUCUUCUUCCGCUCGGUCGAAUUGGGAUGAUUUCAAUCUGGCGUUCGAAGCACCUUCAAUGUGGGACAAGGAGAGUCAGUGUGAUAGCCAAGCGUGGUCGAACUCGACUUCUUGGGGUGGGAAUGGGUUCAAGAGAGCUGCGGGUGUAGGGAGAGCGUAA